UUGUUUCACUUCACCAUAAACUAAAGCUAAGAAGUAAAUCAUGAGCUCUUCAUUAGUUUCCCAGCUCCUCAUCCCAUCGAAGAUUUCUUUGGGUCUUCAAUGCUGGAAAUCAUCAUCACCAUCUCUGAUUUUACGGCUAAAUACAUCAAUGUCCAUGGGUGAAUUCAAAGGAACUCAUGAUAAAGUUCAAAUCCUGAAUCCGUCUCUAACAGUGUUUGCUCGUGAACUCAACAAGAUUUCAAGCUCACUCAGCUUACAAACUGAAAAGCUUAGUUAUGAUGAUGAUAAUGAUAUUGAUAUUGAUAAUGAUGAUCGCGAACUUCAUGAAGAGCUUAUACCUAAACACAUUGCUUUGAUAAUGGAUGGUAAUAGAAGAUGGGCAAAGGAUAAGGGCUUAGAAGUAUAUGAAGGUCACAAACUUAUUAUUCCAAAAUUAAAGGAGAUUUGUAGCGUUUCUUCUAAAUUGGGAAUACAAGUUAUCACUGCUUUUGCUUUCUCUACUGAAAAUUGGAAACGAUCCAAGGAGGAGGUUGAUUUCUUGAUGCAACUGUUCGAAGAGUUCUUUAACGAAUUUUCGAGAUUUGGAGUAAGAGUGUCUGUGAUUGGUUGUAAAUCCAACCUUCCAAUGACUUUACAAAAAUGCAUAGCAUUAACAGAAGAGACCACAAAGGGCAACAAAGGACUUCACCUUGUGAUUGCACUAAACUAUGGAGGAUAUUAUGACAUAUUACAGGCAACUAAAAGCAUUGCCAAUAAAGUAAUGAAUGGUAUUUUACAUGUAGAGGACAUCAACAAGAAUUUGUUUGAACGAGAACUUGAAAGCAAGCAUCUAAAUAUUCCCAAUCCUGAUUUACUUAUAAGAACAGGAGGUGAACAAAGAUUAAGUAACUUCAUGUUGUGGGAAUUGGCUUAUUGUGAAUUCUACUUCACCAAGACAUUGUUUCCUGAUUUUGGAGAAAAAGAUCUUAAAGAGGCAAUACUUAACUUUCAACAAAGGCAUAGACGUUUUGGUGGACACACAUAUUGAGGAAGAAAAAAAGGUUUAUAUAGGUUCUAGUAUCUCUUGUUUUUAUGUAUGUUUUAUAGUUUUUCUUAAAGUCGAUUUGUUAAAUUUAUUAUUCACUCUGUCCCAAUUUAUAUUUCUCAUUUUUCUUUUUGUCGAUUCUAAUAAGAAUG